AUGCUCUUCCGCAUCUGUGGUGAGCUGGGAGCGCCGGAGGAAUGCUGGCCCUUGGCGCACCAGCUUGUGGAGGCCUCAGGCCGCGCCAAUGCAGAGCCAGCAGCAUGGCAGUCCCUGCGCGACCAGCACGCGCCGGAGGCGGCCGUUGAGCUCUUGGCGGGUUUGCUGCAGUAUGACGGGGCCAGGCGCACGCGUGCGGACCGCGCGCUGCGGGAGGGAUUCCUGGCACCCGGCCUGGCGGAGGCCGUCGGAUCGACCGCGCGGUUGAAUUAG